AUGCCUGGAUCCUUCAUCCUCUUCUUCUUGGCAUCAGCUCUGUGCACAGCUGCGCAACUCCUGCCUUCUAGCCGGCAGGGCUGUGCCGGGGGCAGCUGUUACCCCUCGACGGGGAACCUCCUCAUUGGCCGAGCCGCCAGCUUGACGGCCACCUCCACCUGCGGCCUGCAGGGCCCAGAGAGGUACUGCAUAGUCAGCCACCUGCAGGACUCAGAUAAGUGCUUCCUGUGUGACUCCCGGAGGCCAUUUGACCUGAACGAGUCCAGGCACAGCCAUCGCAUAGAGAACAUCAUCCGCCUCACCCACCACAAUGAGGACGCCACCUGGUGGCAGUCAGAAAACGGUGUGGAGACGGUCAGUAUCCAGCUGAACCUGGAGGCACAGUUCCACUUCACUCACCUCAUCAUGAAGUUCAAGUCCUUUCGGCCGGCGGCCAUGCUGAUCGAGCGCUCGGCAGACUUCGGCCGUUCGUGGAGGCCGUACCGCUAUUUUGCGGAAAACUGCACCAGGGACUUCCCCUCCGUCCCCUCCCGCCCUCUGCGCCGCAUCGACGACGUCGUCUGUGAGGAACGCUACUCUGACAUCGAGCCGUCCACCCGUGGAGAGGUCAUAUUUAAGGUGCUUGAUCCUGCUAUCAGUGUCAAAGACCCAUACAGUCCUCAGAUCCAAGAGCUGCUGAAGGUGACGGGUCUGAGGGUGACCCUCAGCAGGCUGCACACGCUGGGGGACAGCCUGCUGGACCCGAGGCCUGAGGUGCUGCAGAAGUACUACUACUCCCUGUACCAGCUGCUGGUGCGCGGCAGCUGCCUCUGCUACGGACACGCGUCCCACUGCGCCCCUGCACACACGCCCGCGGGCUACAGCACAGAGCCUGGCAUGAUUUAUGGACGCUGCUUGUGUGAGCACAACACAGUGGGGCUGAACUGUGAGCGCUGCAGAGACUUCUACCAUGACCUGCCCUGGAGCCCUGCUGAAGGACACCACACACACACCUGCAGGGAAUGCAACUGCAAUGGCCACUCCAAUCAAUGCCACUUCGACAUGGCGGUGUUCCUGGCCACGGGGAAUGUGAGCGGCGGGGUCUGUGACGACUGUCUCCACCACACCGUGGGCCUCAACUGCGAGACGUGCGGGCCCUUCUACUACCACCACCCGACCAGGGACAUCCGCGACCCGGCUGCAUGCGUCUCGUGUGACUGUGACCCCGUGGGCUCACUAGAGGGCGGGUCUUGUGACCGCCGCACCGACCCGGCCCUGAGAACGAUCGCUGGCCAGUGCCGCUGCAAGCCCAACGUCAGGGGAGACCGCUGUGACUCCUGCAAGCCCGGCUUCUUCGGCCUCAGCCACACCGACCCGCAGGGCUGCCAGCCCUGCCAGUGUGACCAGCGUGGGAGUGUGCCAGGAGGGUCAUGUGACCCAGUCAGUGGAGACUGUGUCUGUAAGAGACGUGUCACUGGCCGCCGCUGUGACCUGUGUUUGCCGGAGUUCUGGGGGCUGAGUGUGGACGUCCUGGGCUGUAGAGAGUGUGACUGUGACUUUGGGGGAGCAUAUGGUAACAGGUGUGCGCCGCACAGUGGACAGUGCGACUGUCGUCCACACCUGCGUGGGCGGCGGUGCUCAGAGGUGCAUUCUGGGUACUUCACCGCCCCACUAGACUUCUACCAAUACGAAGCCGAGGACGCUGAAGGCCACGCCCCGGACAGCCCCGCCCUUCUGGGCAAGCCGAAACCCAGGGCUCUGACCGGCUGUGAGGAUCGUCUCACCAAUCAGCUCCUCCGCCUGCGCCACCGCCGCCUUACCACAUCUCACCAGCAGAGGGCAGCACCAAGACGCCGACGAUGUCCCCUGCAGCAGACGCCGGACGUAGAGAAUAUCCAGAGAAGCAGGCUUCCUGGCCACACGGCUACCUGGACCGGACCGGGCCUGGCCAGGGUCAGGGAUGGUGCCGGGCUCGUCUUCCAUAUCGACAACAUCCCCUUCGCCAUGGACUAUGAUCUCAUGCUGAGAUACGAGCCACACGACAAUAAACCAGAGGACUGGGAGGCUGUUGUCAGCAUCUCCGCUCAGCGGCUGUCCUCCAGCCAGCGCUGUGGGAACAUGCUGCCCUCUGAACAGAUGUACACCAUCACACUGCCACACCAAACACGGUAUGUGCGAGCGGAGCGCUCGUUCUGCUUCGAGCCCCACAACAGGUACACGGUGGCUGUGCGGUUCCAGCGCCACAGCGCCCCCUGGAGGGACCUCCCAGACUCCCUGCUCUCAGACUCGCUGGUCCUGAUCCCUAAGUACACGGAGCUUCCGGGUUUCCUUGGAGACGGCGGGGCGGAGCAGCGUCGCCGUGACGACAUGCUGCUUCACACGUGCGUGGACUCCUUCGCAGCCCCGCCCACGGCCCCUCCCACUCCAGCCCCCGCCUGCGCCGGCCUCGCCCACAGCAUCUCGGCCAUGAUGCACGACGGCGCCCUAUCGUGUCUGUGUGACCCGGAGGGCUCAGUGUCGGCGGAGUGUGCCGGGCUGGGCGGGCAGUGCCGGUGCAAGCCGGGCGUGGCCGGCAGGCGCUGCGACCGCUGUGAGCCGGGAACGUUUGGAUUCGGACCGCAGGGCUGCACAGCCUGUGACUGCGACCCCCAGGGGUCUACAGGCCCUCAAUGUGACCCCGCAUCGGGCCGGUGUGAGUGCCGUCGGGGGGUGUCGGAGCGACGGUGUGCCUCCUGCCUGCCGGGUCUGUGGGGCUUCCCUGCCUGCAGGCCCUGCCAGUGUAACGGCCACGCCCUGCUCUGCCACCCGCACACGGGCGGCUGUGCGGACUGCCGGGACCACACCACGGGCCACCUGUGUGACAGGUGCGUGAAUGGUUUCUAUGGAAACCCCGUGCUGGGAUCCGGGGACCACUGCCGCCCCUGUCUCUGCCCAGGAGGACCAGGAAGCUCUCGCUCCAAUGCAGACUCCUGCUCCCCCGACCCCACGUCCGGCCAGAUCAUAUGCCACUGCAGACAGGGCUACACAGGCCCUCGCUGUGACCGCUGUGCCCCGGGGCAUUUUGGGGACCUGGGGACACAGGGGGGGCAGUGCCUCCCCUGCCAGUGCAGCGGCAACAUCGACCUCCGCGACCCCGAGGCGUGUGACCCUCAGACGGGACGGUGCCUGAGGUGCCUGCACAACACGGACGGCCCCCUCUGCUCCGCCUGCCGGCUCGGUUACUACGGCAACGCCCUGCGCCAGGACUGCCGGCGCUGUGCCUGUGUGCUGGAGGGCACCCUGCCCUCCCACUGUCAUGGGGGUCAGUGUCACUGCCAGGAGCAGACAGGGGCGUGUGCGUGCCGGGACAGCGUGGUGGGGCCGACCUGUGACCAGUGCGCCCCUCAGCACUGGAACUUUGGGGCAGAGCGAGGCUGUGAGCCCUGCAACUGCCACCCAGAAAACUCUGCUGCACCCCACUGCGACAUGUCCAGCGGCAGGUGUCAGUGCCGGCCGGGGUUCGGAGGGAGAACGUGCUCAGAGUGCGAGAGAAAUCACUGGGGAGACCCUCAGACUGAAUGCAGAGAGUGCCGCUGUGACCCGUUGGGGUCAGAGACUCUGCAGUGUGACGGGCUGACGGGGGCGUGCGUGUGCCGGGAGGGCGUAUCCGGGCGGAGCUGCGACAGGUGCGUCCGCGGGUUCGCGGGGAGGUUCCCUCCGUGCGUGCGCUGCGGCCCCUGCUUCCACCAAUGGGAGAGCAGCGCGGAGCAGCUGCGCCGGGGCCUGGACCGCGCCCAGCGCUCUGUCGGGGGAGCGCGGAACAACACGGCCGCCGGGAGCCACGCCCACGUCGCGCACACAGUCUUCAGCGGCCUGCAGAGGAGGCUGGCUCUGCUCCGGGACCUGGCGCGUGGCCCCCGCACGCUCAAACCCCACGGGCCGCUGUACCAUCUGCUCAGCCGCGCUGCUGAUGACCUGGGGAUGGAGGCCUCGUUCGUUGAUGCGUUUGGACCGGUCCGUGGCUGGUACCAGGACUCUCUGGAGGUAGAGCGGCAGUGCCAGGCCAGUACGCGGGACCCGGACAGCCCGGUGGGGAGGUCUCACGACGUGCGGAGACACACAGAGAGCCUGCUGACUGGUUGGCGGGACAGCCUUCAGGGCGAGUCCUCGACCCAGCGUAGGCUCCAGGGGCUGCAGACCAAGGUGUGUGGGGGCCACGGCAGGGGCGAUGGUGGCUGCCGGAGUCUGUGGCAGAGACUGUGCGGAGGAAAGGGGUGUGCUCAGGUCCCAGGAGCCUCUGCCCUGCAGACAGUCUCCAACACUACCGACCACAUCACCGCCACCAGCAAACACCUGCAGGACGCAGCCAAGGAGCUGCAGGAUGUGGGGAGGCUGGCUCGUGCCCUGAAGAUACACGCUGCGGGCGCUCUGCUGACCACAAAGACGAAGAGCAAGUUCUUCAGCGACUCUAAUAAAGAGCUCAGAGACUCGCUGCAGAACAUCCGCUCAUUCCUCUCUGAUGAAGGGGCGGACCCAGACGCUGUCUCAUGGGUGUCUGACCGGGUCCUGGCCGUCUCCCUGCCCGCGAACGGCAGCGUUGUAACUGCCAUUUUGAAGGAGAUCCAGCACAGCAUCGCCAAUCUGACCCACGCGCACAGAAACUUUGACACCGAGCAGUCCAACCGCACACAGGAGCUGCUACAGCAGGCCCGGAAUACACAGGCGCGAGCGAGCCAGACCGAGGUCUCCGCCAACCAGACCCGGCAAAGGCUGGAUGCCGUACACAAGGCCAUCAGGACCACGGAGGGGGCCCUGGAGACUGACCGCGAGAUCCUCAACAGCACACGCAGCACCAUUCUGACGGGGAAAGAUGCCGUCCUGAGACUGGAGAAUAAGCAGACAUACGCCGCGCUGCGAUUGGCCGACGUGCAGCGGGAGGCGGAGUCCCUGCGGAGGAAGCUGAACGAGAGCGGUGUGGCCGCGCGGAACAUCAGCGCUCACGCCAACAACACCGCACACGCAGCCGGGGACCUCACCGAGGAGCUGGAGGAGGCCCAGGAGAGACAGAGGGAGCUGCAGGAGAGGGUGAGGACAGCCGGGGAGCGGGGAGCGCAGAGUCUGGAUGACGUGAACGAGAGGGUGAGAUACAUCCAGCAGCAGGCCCAGGACGUGCUGAAGAAAGCCACGGAGACCAUGGAGACACUGCACAGGCUGGAGAGGGAAUUCCAGGAGAACAAGAGGAAAAUGCAGGAUCAAAACGCAGAGCUUGCCAGUCUGGAGCGCAACAUCACAGCCACCAGAGACUACAUCCUGGAGAGCGUCAUUAAGUACAGCUCCUGCUAGUGGUUCUCCCAUAUUCCUCCACUGUGGAGUUCCUCACUUUAAGAUGAGAUAAAACAUUUAAUCUUGUCAUGAUCCACUCACCACUCAGUCCUGGGGAGGAA